CAGAAUCCUAUAAAAAGCCCUUCUGAACGACACGAUACCCCAACUUGAGGUUCAUCUCUUCCCUGCCGGCCAGGGAUAGAGGAAAAGCGCUCUCUCUAUCAUGCAGCCCAUAUCGCUCUCUUUCAUCCUCAUCGCGUUCAGCCUCGCAGCCGCCAAUGCUAUGCCCAUGAAGGAUGCCAAUGGCAUCGUUGCGCGGAGUGCCAUUUCCAACGGGCGUGGCAGCAGCAGUACCGGUAUUUCCGGCAACACAGACGGAGACUCGGACACCACAACGGAUUCGUCCUCACUGUCAUCAAGUCAGACCACUCUGACGUGUACUUGCAAGCCAACGAUGGCCAUGACGAGCACCGAGGGAUUGGGUCCAUCGACGUCGGACUCUAUGAGACGUCGGAAUAGUCUGAAUAGUGGUGGUGGUGGAAGUGCAGACGCAGCAGGGGGUGAGCAAAAGUACACCUGCAGCUGCAUAUCGAGCAGCGGGCUUGAUUCAGACUCGUCCCUGGGUGAUGAACUAGGUUCGUCUGACCCAAGCUCGGUAGGAGAUGAUGGAGACGACGGAGACGAUGGAGGCGAUGGAGGAGAUGGGGAUGAAGGAGACGAUGGAGACGAUGGAGACGAUGGGGAUGGAGAUGGGGAUUCAUCCUCAGAUAAUUCUGAUUCAGCAUCUACGGACGAUACAGAAUCAGAUGGUGACGACGAAUGAAGCGAUGAUAAUAUGUAGAGAACGCGAAGAGAAGAAAGGCGGAUGUCGGAUUUUAGAAGGUGUAUGAGCGGGGUCCACGC